AUCAUGCAGUCAAGCGGGCGGGCCAAGAUGGAGCUGAGUUGAAUUUGACGAUUGUGCUGGGAAUGAAGAUGUGGCCUUUGAGGUAUCUGUCGCCAACUUCCAUGUUGAUGAGGACCUCAAUUUGGUACCCAUGCAAGACGUGACAUACAGCGGGCCGGUCAUGUUCAUCCAAGGGCUUAGUGCUCAUGCAGAUGACAUGGCACAGGUGGCCAUAACUGGACUACCAUUUGAAUCAGGACAUGCUCUCGAGAUCAUCGGUCUGCCACAUAGAUUGAAGAGAUCCCUGCUGGUUCCUCCAAUGACUGUCACCGAGAACCAGAGAGCCCCUUUCCCAAGGAUCCUCGGAAAGUCUCAUGUGAUUUCAACAGAGAAGUCAUGGGACCAUAUUUUCCGACUGACAGGACCUGGCGCUGACCAAGACCCCAAAGGUCUCUUUACUAUUGACAUAGACACAGGAGACGUGUCAGUCACUCGCUCAUUGGACCGAGAGAUCAUCGAUUCAUACCAGCUGGAGGUGUCAACCACAGACCUAAACGGAAACCUCGUCGAUGGACCAGUCAUACUUGUCAUUUCUGUCAUCGAUCAGAAUGACAACCGGCCCAUAUUCAAAGAGACGCGCUACACCGGAGAGGUGCUCGAGGGAUCGCCUACAGGAACUACGGUGAUGACAAUGACGGCGAUUGAUGCAGAUGACCCCGCGACAGAUAAUGCCGCUUUGCGCUACAUCAUCAUCCGGCAGUCACCAGACAAACCAUCUCCGAACAUGUUCUACAUCGACGCAGAGAGAGGCGACAUUGUCACUGUCAUCUCCCCUACACUGCUUGACAGAGAGACACUGCCAACCACAACGUAUGAGCUUGAGAUUGUUGCCAAGGACAUGGCUGGAAGUGAGGUGGGCCUGACAGGAACAGCCACAGCAACCAUUACAAUUACAGACAAGAACGACCAUGCACCCGAGUUCACGCAUCCGCUGUUUGAAGCGUAUGUAUACGAAGGCUCAACCGGUGUGGCCGUUAACUUGACAGUCGAUGAUAGAGAUGACCCAGCGACCGGCGCAUGGAGGGCUGUCUACUCCAUCAUAAACGGAGAUCCCACACGGAGCUUCGAGAUCCAGACCAACCCGGACAAUAAUGAGGGAAUGCUUUCAGUUGUCAAGCCUCUCGAUUAUGAAGGCACAGCGUUCCACAAAGUCUUCAUUAAAGUGGAGAAUGAAGACCCUCUGCUUUCCGGUGCCGGUUAUGGCCCCAGCUCCACAGCGACUGUCCAAGUCAAAGUUUUAGACAUGAAUGAAGGACCCGUCUUUUUCCCUGACCCGCUGAUUGUCACCAGGAUGGAAAACAUCCCAGUGGAAAGCUUUAUAGCCUCUCUCAAUGCCACAGACCCGGAUACAUUACAGCUUCAGAAUGUUCGGUAUGCCAUUCUACGAGAUCCUGCGGGCUGGCUGACUGUGAACCAACUGCGGGGAACUGUCAACACAUUGGCCUCUCUGGACCGUGAAUCUCCUUAUGUUCAUGACAAUAAAUACACCGCUGCCUUCAUUGCCAUCGACAAUGGCAGCCCCCCUGCGACAGGGACUGGCACAUUGGUCAUUCACCUGGAGGAUUACAAUGAUAAUGCACCAUAUGUGGUACCGUCAGUAGCACGGGUGUGUGAAGACGCACAUGAUAUGAAUGUGGCCAUAGUUGGUGGACGGGACAAGGACCUACCACCCAACGGAGCGCCUUUCAAGAUAGAGCUGGGAAAACAACCGGGACUAGAUAAAACCUGGAAUGUGACCAGGGUCAACUCCACACACUCCCAAAUCAUGUUGCUGCACGGUCUGAAGAAAGCCAACUAUCAUCUUCCAUUGCUCAUCACUGAUUCAGGGGUGCCUCCUUUGUCCAACAACUCGGAGGUCAAAGUUCAGGUCUGCGUCUGCAAGAAGAACAAGAUGCUCUGCAGCUCUGCUCAUUCACACCACGCCAGCCUUCUCGUCAUGCUUGCAACACUCAUUCUUGGCCUACCCUGGCUGUAGCUUCUGCUAAAUGGUCCACCGGAAAGCAACAACGUAUCUCCAACACACAACGCUGGCUUCGCAGAGAGGACGAAAGCGAAGGAGAAGGAGUCUUCACACCAUGAAAAAUGAUACAUAACAAUAGACACAAUUCCCACAAGCUCAACUGUUGUGUAAAAAUCACCAUCUUCUCGCGACACUUGUCUGUUUUCUUCAUCGCUAUUUUCCUUGGCGUACUGCUUCUUCCCACAUAAUAUCGCAUCAUCUUAAAUUUGUCUGACUGCCUUUAACAUUCUGUGAUCGGUCCACACUAACCCUGUACACCAUUGAGUAUGUAAUCCUUAUUUUUUUCCCCAUCUUACUUUUUGCAGCGUCAAAAACAACGGGUGUCCAUCGGUCUGUGAAAUCUAUCGAGUAGAAGGUGUCAUGAUUUCUUUUUGAGCCUGGAUCCGACGUAUUCUGUCAAAGCACGUUCCAGCAUUAUAGAAGCCCAUCAAAUAAUCAAUAUUCUACCGAACAGAUGUUCCACUACUGCUGAUAAAGUGCUUUAACUUGAUUCAUUAUCAUUGUUUUAAUGAGCAUGACUGGUUUUCAUUCCCGUGGCAAAAAUCUGUCAGACAUACUUGAGUUGAUACCCUCCAUCAUUUUACAUACCCUUGAACCAUCUACAGUGAUGACUACCAUAAAAAAAUAGUAUUACGAACGCCAUCAUGACAAAAAUAACAAUAUUCCAAAAUUUUCUGUUUAAUUGUGUAGAACUGCACUGCUGAGAAGUAUUACCAUCAUUUUAGCUUGAGGUGAAGGGAAAUGUACAAAAAAAAAAAAAAAAAAAAAGCUGACAGUUCUACCACAAUAAUAAACUUGAUUCAUGAAUGUCUCAAUGGCAGGCUUAAUCAAAACUGCUGGAGGACAGCACAAUUGGUAAGCCUUUGUGUGUGCAGUUUGCAUGUUUUUGCUCUGCUUGUGUGGGUCCUCUCUGCAUAUUCCAGCGUCCUCCCACAGUCCAAAAACAUUCGGUUCAAAGAAGCCUCAACUGUCUAUAGGUGUGAAUGCGAUUAUAAAUGGUAGUCUGUCCCGAGAUGUCAGAUCCGUGAUUGACAGGCGACUAGUCCAGGAUGCACACCACCUCUCAUCCUACCAUCGACUUUGGGAUGAGUGUGAUCGUAAAUGUAUUUGUGGUUGGACAAACACUCCAGUAUAAAUUUCCAGAGUUGGUCUGCCAUCCUGAAUGUUUUUCCUCCAUGUUUCCCCCAUCCUUCUAUCCCAGAACACUCGCUCCCCUACAGAAGCCCCCCAUGCCAAUAAACACGGCAAAGGCUGAGACACCGUCGUGGUGGGUGUAGAGUGUUGGCUCUUUGAUGUGUUCUUUUCUAUUCUCAACAGACUGUGUUUGAUCUAGUUUCUCUGUUUCAGAGGAGAGAUGCUGCCUGUUUCUUUGUCUGCAAGUGGUUGUGGUCUCUUAGGACAAGGUUGUAGCCAAUAAGCCUUUAAAGUCGGAAAAGCUCUGGAGUCGUUUCUCCGAUUUAUCUGUUUUUAUUGCAUUCGUUGUCAUGGAGUGGAAUCAGUAUAUAAUGGUGUGAACCAUAUAAAAAGUACUAUGAUAUAAAUAUUUUAUUUUUUACCACGUUACAGUACUGAUUAACUUAAGUAGUUUAAUUGGUUCCCCACAGAGACUGUGACGAAAGAAGAAAUGUUUCCCCAGUGAAUUUGAGAACUAGUUUUAAUGCCGGUGGUGUUGACUUUUUUCAUUGUAACAUUUUUGCUGGUAUUUUUUUUUAAUUGUGUUUAAUUGCAAAGUGAAAGGUCUUUGAGUUUUCGAUGCUCAUGUGCUUUGGUUCAAAUGUUGCUCCCCUGUUCGCUCUUCAUGUUUUUCAAGUCCUAAGAAAGAUGUAAAAGAAGAAAACAAAGAAUGUGUUUGUGGUGCGUACAUUAGUACUUUUCUCUCCUGCCUGCACUCAUCAAACGACGGGAAGGAGUAUGGGCUCGACUGGAAAGCAACCUCAAAGAAAAAGAAGACAUUUUGAAUGAGUAAUGUCUGUCUUUUGCACUAAUUUAAUAAACCCGUGACUGAAAAUUGC